GAGUGAGUGAGCCUAUGUGAGUGUAUAGUGUGGUGUGAGUGUGUGUGUGUGCAAGCGUUUGCAUCAGCAAAAAGAGGGGGGACACCGUUCACUCCUUCUCGUUACUCUCUCUCUCUCUCUCUCUCUCUCUCUCUCUCUCUCUCUCUCUCUCUCUCUCUCUCUCUCUCUCUCUCUCUCUCUCUCUCUCUCUCUCUCUCUCUCUCUCUCUCUCUCUCUCUCUCUCUCUCUCUCUCUAUCUCCCCCUCUGUCAUCUCUAAAUCUCUGGUUGUCAGAGCUACAGAGGAGAGGACGAGGGACUAGGACACACACACAGAAGGAUGAGGAGAGAAGCAGGCUAAUGGAGAGGGGAGUGCCUCAGUCAGACCCGUACACACAGCAAACCUUGCUGACUGAUGUCUACCAUGGAUCCCGGCACUGAGAGCUAACCAGGCUCACAGCUUCAAAGACCAGGGUAGCAGAUGAGAGCAUCAGCACCCACUGGCUGAUCCAGGGUGACUGCUGCCUGACCAGGGUGACUUCAAGGUAUCGUUGCCCAGGCAACAAAUCAUCCCUCCUACCCCCCAACCCCCAACCCAGACCAAACAUCUGGUUCCUGCCCGCACCCCCUGGCUGUGAAGGAUGGGUGAUGGGCCUGUGACUGACCCCGCCUGCCUGCCUCGUCCCGCCCUCCCAUGGAGCCAAUGUGGAACUCCUCCCACCCUUCCGCGCAGGCCAAUAGCUCAGCCUUGUGGUACCCUGAGGGCGGGGCUCUUUCCCAGUGGCUGGCCCUGCUAGCCAUGCUGCUCAUGGCUCUGCUGGCGGUGGUGGGCAACCUGGCUGUCAUGGCCGUCAUCGCCAAGGCCCCGCAGCUGAGGAAGUUUGCUUUUGUGUUUCAUCUGUGUCUAGUGGACCUGCUGGCAGCCCUGGUGCUCAUGCCCUUGGGCAUGCUCUCAGGCCAUGCAUUCUUUGGGGAGGCGCUGUGUCGGAGCUACCUUUUUCUGAGUGUGUGUCUGGUCAGCGCCGCCAUCCUCUCCAUAUCCGCCAUAAACGUGGAGCGCUACUACUACAUCAUCCACCCCAUGCGCUACGAGGUCAAGAUGACGGUGGGCCUGGUGGUCUCGGUGCUGGUGGGCAUCUGGGUCAAAGCCUUAGCCAUGUCGGCUUUGCCCGUGCUGGCAUGGGCCUUGCAGGGGGGCAGGACUCCUUUCUUGGAUGGUGGGGGAGUUGGUGUCGGUGGAGGUGGUGGCGGGGUCCCCUCACCGCCCUCGCAGGGGCACAGGCGCUGCUCGCUGCACUGGACCGGGGGGGGGUCAAACCGUGUUGCUUUCAUGGUCCUCUUCACCUUGGUCUACUUCCUGUGCCCAUUGCUGGUCAUCCUGGUGGUGUACUGCAACAUGUUCAAGGUAGCGAGGGUGGCGGCCAUGCACCACGGGCCGCUGCCCACCUGGAUGGAUACGCCUCGGCGCCAGCGCUCUGAAUCACUCAGCAGCCGUUCCACCAUGGUGACCAGCUCUGGAACAGGGACAGGGGAGGGUAGGGGAACCCCUCAGAGGCCCUUUGGGGGGGGUAAGGCAGCGGCGGUGCUGGCAGCAGUAGGAGGGCAGUUCUUAUGCUGCUGGCUGCCUUACUUCACCUUCCACAUGUACUCAGCCCUAGCCUCCAGCCCCCCAGCCACCCUGGCCCCUCUGGAAGAGGUGGUCACCUGGAUUGGCUACUUCUGCUUCACAUCCAACCCCUUCUUCUAUGGUUGUCUGAAUCGUCAGAUCCGAGAGGAGCUGGGCAAACACUUGCCUUGCCUGUUCCGAAGAGCCAGGGGAGAAGAAGAGGACCGCUUGCCCAGCCGUGAAGGCUCCAUAGAGGAGAACUUUCUGCAGUUUCUCCAGGGGACUGGAUGUAACCUAGAACUACCAGACUCCCACAGCACCUCCAGCCCGAAGGGGGAGGCAUGCCGGGCCCUGACCCAGUCCCACCCCCCACAACCCCCCCAGCCCAUCCCCAUAGACUUCCGUAUUCCAGGACAAAUAGCAGAGGAAACCUCAGACUUUCUUGAACAUCACCACAUAAAAAAUAACCAUAUCAUAACAGAUAGCUAAUUUUUAAUAGAUUUAAUUAUGUUUGUUGUGAAAACAGCCUCCGAUUCAAAGGUUUGAUUUGUAUGUUUUGUCUUUUGGAUAAUUAAAAUAUAUUGUUUUCCAGGUGUUCUUUUAGUAAGAAUGUUUGUAUUUAUCUUGACUUACAAAGUUGUGCAAGAGGCAAUUCUUGAAUUUGAUUGUCAUCAUUUUUGUUGUACUGAACAUUGUUCUUUAACUCAUCCAACGAUAUCGUAGUGCAAUGCAAUUCAUUCUCUUUGAUUACCUACUUCAACUCUCCUGCAAACACGCUGCCAGUAUGAAGAAGUACAAUAUUGUACUGUACUAUUGGAGAACCAGCCUUCAAUAAACUGUUACUGUCAGUUUAAAGAAGUACAAUAUUGUACUGUACUAUUGGAGAACCAGCCUUCAAUAAACUGUUACUCUGUAAGUAAACAUAACUGACCGGCCAAUUAAUGAGGCAAUGUUGUUCAUCAUAUUCGUUGAGUUUCUUACAUGUUACUUGAUGUUUAUUUCUUCAUAAUAAAUAGUCAUGAACCAAAUGUUUUCUAUUAAACCCUGAGAGGGGAAAUACCUCGCUAAAGACAUUUCUAAUUAAAUUAUUUCAGUAAGCUCCCUUGUCAGCUGAUUUGUACGUUGCAUCAAAUGCUACAUUAAUUUGUGUGAUUUCCAGCAAUUGGGCACUUUUCCUCUUGUUUGUCCAGAUAGACAAUACAUCAAUAUGUUUUUUAUACAUUUUUGAGAACUACAAUACUGUAUAUUUUGACAGAGCUCCACUGAUAGGACCUAAUAAGAACAAGAGGGAAUUAUCUGUGACAAAAAAGACAUUGGCAUUGACCAGCCCCAUUGUUUACAGGUAGCUCUUGUAGUAGGCCUUUUCCUUAACACAUCCUGUUUCCAUUCAGGAGACAAGUUAAUUGUAUCAACAUUUAGGUUGGUUGUCUUUUAAUUCUUCCCAGGGAGUUUUAGGCCUAAUGUAAGUACAUACAGAAUUACUUGUGUCAGUUGACCUACAAAUACGUUCAGUUUAGAUGGAGGAGCCCAGCACUUGAGUAGACUUUUAUUGCUGUAUGUGUUAUGUUUAUUAAAGAGAUUCACUUUAACUUGUCAUUGCUUUAUCACUAUAUUAUUUGUUACACAUUGAUUAUAGCAUAUUCUUUAACAGUUUAAUUCAUAAUCUAAGAAUUAGCCCUACAUUCCAAUAGUUCACUGUACCAUGUUGGUCUCUUCAAUGUGCCGACAAGUUGUUCUAGCUCUCCAUGUACCCUGCUCCAUGGAUAAACAUACAUUAUGCUCAAUAUUAUUCCCUCUCCUUCAACCUUGUCUGUUUUCUAAGCAGUAAUGACUUUCUACUUCAGGUCAAUCCACAACUGACACUGAAUUGUGUGUUCUGUAAUAAAUAAAAAAAUCCAAACAAUAUUAAAUGACUCUUACCAUUGAUGGGACAAGUCCAGGUGGGACAAGAACUGGAUGAAUUAAAAUAUAUGGUUCCUUGUGCCUUCCUGAAACAAGCUUAUAAACUAUGUUGUAGGCUUUGGGGUGUGGCUUGUCACAAACCCUACAGCCUCUGAUAAGUUGCACAGAAACUUAAGAUUUAAAUGUGAUGCUGAUGUUAGGCAAU